CAGUUUCACGUCAGCCAUCCUUACCUGAGGCGAAGCUUAGGUUUUGUUUUUAAACUCUUCCUGUUCACCUUUCUGAGCUCGGGACAUUUAAAACGUAUUUUUUAACUGCAAAAAACUACUUCAGGAUCAUUUGAUUCUUGGUGAAGAGAUUCAAAAUGAGUCUUGACACCUUAAGAACCAAACUGCUUCAGCAGGAGUGCCAUUUCACUUGGUCCCUGAGAGAGGAUGAAGACUUUGUUCUCUGCGAUUUGCUGUAUCGUCUCGAGGAACAGAUUGAGUUGGAAUCUGACAAGGCGAGAGUAACCAGAGCUUACAGCAGCUUCGCUUUCAUCCAGUAUCUCAACGGGAAGCAGCAGGAAGCUCUCGCAAAUCUGCAGACAUCAGUGCAGCUCGCCAAGAAGCUCUACAGAGACAGCGAUGAAGCUCUUAUUGUUACAUAUGGAGAUCUUGCCUGGUUGCACUACCACAUGAAUGAAAUCUCUGCAUGCGAAGACUACCUGAGACAGUUAGACAGGAUACAAAAAAAGUUUUCCGAAGGAUCCACUUAUGACAUGGAAGUGCUCAGAGAAAAGGGCUGGGCUUUUCUUAAAUUCUCUUACAAAUACCAUAAUGCUGCAAAGGAGUGCUUCAGACAGGCCCUUGAAAUCAACCCAAGUGAUAGCGACUUAAAUGCUGGCUAUGCUUUAGCACUGUACCGCACCACAAAAGAGACCUCAGAUUCGCUAACAAUGGAGCAACUCAAAAAAGCCAUAAAGCUUAAUCCAGAUGAUGGUGUCCUACUGGUGAUGCUUGCAUUGAGAAUGCAGCAUAACAAAGAUGAUGUCAAAGCCGCCCAGUUAAAGGUGAUUAAGGCUCUACUGAAGCCUUAUGACCCACAUGUUAUAAGAUACGCGGCAAAGUUUUAUCGUCAGUUAGGUGAGAAGGAUGAUGCCAUCAAGCUGCUGGAAGAAGCGCUGAAGGAAACCCCGAACUCAGCCUUUGUACACUAUGAGCUGGCAAUGAAUUACAAAAGCAAAAAGAUAUCUCUGGAAAAGAACUAUAGGACACAUGGUAAAGCAGAGUUUGACGUUGAAGAGUCAACACAUCAAUACCUGAGUAAGAUAAUUUAUCAUCUGGAAGUGGCCGUUUCCCUAAAGCCCACUUUCAUUAUAGCUGUGGCAGAUUUAGCUCUUCAAUAUGGACAGAGUGGUUGCUCCAAAGCUAAGACCCUCUUUGACGAAGCAUUUAAAUUGGCUAAUAAGGAAAAGCAACAUCUGCAGGCAGUCUAUAAUUUUUAUGGGCAAUACCAGCUCUAUAGCAGAAGAUCUGAAGAACUGGCCAUCCAUAAUUUCUCGCAAGGUUUGAUGCUGCAACCAAAAUCAAAACAAGGCAGGAUGUGUGAGGAGAGUCUGGAAAGGAUAAUCAAACAUCGAAUUAAUAGGGUGAAAAAUCCCAAUGACAGCAAGGUGUGUGCCAUUCAGGGAUUCAUUCAUGAAGUGAAGGGUGAAAAAGUCAAGGCUGUAGAGUCAUAUGAAAGAGCUCAAAGAGGUGGACUUGAUUUUGGUGAAAGCUUUCCACUCACAGGGAUAAGGAUCUGGCUCAUGGAAAUCGAUGUCCCAGACAAAUGCAUUGGACAACUUAUUUUUGAUAAUGGAACUUAUGAUGAAGUUAGCAGUGGGAAAUUAAAGGUUUUUGAAGGUUCAAUGAACAACCAACAAGUGCACUUGGUCGACGUUGAUAUUUCCAAUAUCAAGAGGAUCCUUAAAUGGGAAAAACUGUCUCUUGGGCCUCAUGUUGUUCUGCUUGCAUUUUCUCUUCAUCGUGGCCAAUUCGCAGAACAGACCAGAGAGAUGCUUGAAAAUUUGCAGUUUCUUGGAGAGAAAUUCUGGAAUCGUGCGAUUGUAGUGUUCAAAGAGGGAGACUGUUGCAUCAAUGACUAUACUGGAGCUCAGAGAAGCACACUGGAGUGGCUUCUUGAAAAAUGUAGACACAACACCUACAUCUUUGGCUAUGCACCUGAAAUCACAGAGAGGAGAGCGCUUUCAGAGAGGAUCCAGAGGGUGAUCAGGAGAAAUAAUUCAAUGCACCUAGUAUUACCAGACAUUUUUGAUGGAGAUUCUCAGUCUCCUUCACACAUAUUAAGUAAAUUAGACGAGAAGGAUUUUUUGUUCUACCCUGACAUCAUCAUACAAGGCGGCCAAAGUAAAUACAGGCUACAAUGCCGUCAUGCAGGCUGGUACCGUUGUGCGUUUACGCAGAUUGGUUUUAACAUGGAGAGUGAAGGGGAAGUAUUGUAUAGCACUGUUCUUCAGGAAAGUGUCUGUCCAGUUCCUGCCAACCAUUACCAAGCAGGACCCCUGUAUGACAUCAAAUGUGUUCAGGGUGAGCUGACUCAACUCAGACUACCUCACUGUGAGGCCUCCAUUGAGGAUGCCCAUGACUACAUGUCGGUUAUACAUUACUCAAAUCAGACCAUUGAUAUUCUGAAACCUCAGAAUAUCACAAGCACACACGUUACAGUGACCAUCUCAGGAACGUCAAAGUUUUUAAUUUCCAGAAAAGUUAACUGGUUUAACAAUCGUGUACUCGGCCAAGUGAUGAUUUUCUACAAACAGCAAACACACAAGCUGCAUGUUUUUCUGCUACCACGCAAUGUGGACCCCCGAGAAGUGGAAAAAUGUGAUAGUAAUUAUAAAUUCAUCCAGUUACCUUGUGAAUGCAUGCUGAAAUAUAACGGUGUGUACAGCAUGUCCUGUGAUCCUGCUGAAUUUGAUCCUGUUGAUGAGCAUGGACUUUCAGAGAGGCCUGUACCACGAAUACAACCAAAGGACACAAAGGUUCAUUUAACUAAGCAGUGGAAACAUUUCUAUCCAACAUUUGACAUAACCUUGCCGGAUGGGGUGAUGAAUGUGUGUUUACAUCUCAAAAAGAGAAACGAUAAAAAAGGAAAGGUUAAGGAUGUAUGGGACCGUGACAUAACAAUUACAGAGCAUAUAGUGGAAAACAGCAGACCAGACAUAUUAACCGAAAAGCAGUGUGAAUCCUUCCUGAAAUGCAACAGAGUCAAACUUAUCAAAAACGUGAGAAAUGCUGAAGCUGUUUUAGAUCACCUAGUAGACAUUAUUGAGGAUGAACUGAUGAGUAAAAUCAGAGCAAUGAACACGACUCAGGAAAAAAUGAGGAGCGUCUUUGACAUCAUUGAGCAUCAGGGCCAUUCUUCAAAACAGAAAUUCUUCAGUGCGCUUGAAGAGGAAGAAGAGGGUCUUAUUAAAGAAAUGAAGGGCAAUCACUGAAAUGAACAAAAGAGAAACUGAACAGAAAAAUAUUCAAAUUCAUGUUCCAACUCCCGUCUUUGACCAGUGUAUCUGAUCUAGUAUAGUGGGUUGUAUUGCUGCUGCUUUACAGUAUAAUAUGAUUAUGUUUAGACUGUAUUUCAUUAAACUUUAGUUUGUUUCUUUAAA